CGGUUUUAUCUUCAACAAAGAAUUAAUAUCCAUUUUUAUUUAAAGAAAUAGACUUAGAAAUGAGUUCAACGACAAGAGCUUGGAUGGUAGCAGGCAGUAUUGCAGCAGUAGAGGCCUUGAAGGAUCAAGGAUUCUGCAGAUGGAACUACACUUUAAGAUCAAUACACCAACAAGCCAAGAACAAUCUCAGACCAGUUGCUCAAGCCAAGAAAAUUUCGUCUCCAUCUUCUGGUUUGGUUUCAGUUAAGUUGAGAGAAGAGAAGGCAAAGCAGUCAGAGGAGUCUCUGAGAAAAGUCAUUUACUUGAGCUGUUGGGGUCCAUAUUGAACCGAAUAAUGAACAGGAAUCACGAGAGCUUGUGCGGGUGCGGCUAUAGCUUCGUCAUAUAUUGAUUGAAAGAUAGAAAUAAGAUAAAACGAAGUGAGCCAUUAGCCUGAUUAUUGAAUGAAUACAUCACAAGGAUGGCAAAUUCUGGAGCCAUAUUGGCCGUUAUUGGUGAGAUUCAUGUUUGUAUAUUUUUGCAACAGGGGUGUAAAUGUUACAAUGUAAUGGAGGUUUCAGUAUCAAACACAAAUAUUUUGAAUUUAAG